AUGUCUUCCCCAAAGCCCACCAUUCUCUUCAUGACAAGCCCAGAACACGGUCAGUCAAAUGUUGCACUCGCAGUCGCUGGCGAAUUCGUAAACCGGGGCGAUUUCGAGGUCCAUAUCGCGUCCUUCAAAGGCUUAUCAACCCGCAUCCAAGAACUCAACGAGCAAGUGGAUUACGAUAGAGUGAUUCAUUUUCAUGCCAUUGCAGGAUCCUCGUUGUCUGAAGUCACGGCAAGGCAAACGGCCCAAUUAGCCCACCGUCCAGGCAUCGCGGGAACCCUUGAUGGCUGCUACAAGAUCAAUUUCUCCGUGUUAGGAUGGCAGCCUGAGGAGUACCUGAGAUCAUAUCGAAGUUGCCUUGAAAUAUUGAAAGAGGUGAACCCGGCUGUCGUGGUAGCUGAUCCACUUUUGCAUCUUGGUCUGGAUGCCGCUCGCAUUCUUCGUAUGCGAAUUGUUAUAUUGUGGCCUGUCCCUCUCAAGGACGUUGUCAUAACUGUCCAGCCAAAAGCCGGGAUUCUUUGGAAAUAUCCUCUUACUGGGUCGGGCUAUCCUUUCCCCAUGCCCUGGAAUUUGAUUCUUGCCAACUUAUACAUGGUUCUUUGCUUCGGUUUCAUUGUUCGAUUUGGUAAACCUAUGCGUGAUCUCCUCCGCAUACGCAAACAGGCUGGUAUUCGAACAGAGUUCCCUCAUAUAGAGCCAUAUAGCAAAGGCGACCUGCAUCUUUCGCCCUCUUUCCCAGAGAUGGACUUUCCACUCUAUGUACCCGACAACGUGAUCAGCUGUGGACCGAUUCUCCGGUCUUCUUCAACACUUACAUCAUGCGAUGUGACAUUAAAUGCAUGGUUGAAACACCCAACAAUUUUGAUUUGUCUGGGAUCACACGUUCAAGCCCCGGAGGAUGAUGCGUUGCAAAUGACAAAGGCUAUACAGGUUGUUCUUCGGGAAUUCCCUGAUACCAAAGUUUUGUGGAAGCUGAAGUAUGACUGGGAAAGCUCGCCAAGAGUCAAAAACUCCCUAGGCUCUCUUGUGUAUGCCAACAAGGUCAAAGUUGUCUCUUGGAUCCAACCGGAGAUCAUAUCGAUUUUGGAGAGUGGACAUAUCGUUGCAUACGUCCACCACGGAGGAGCAAACUCCUUUUUUGAGGCCUGCAAGGCUGGAAUACCACAGGUAGUUCUGCCGCAAUGGUUUGAUACGUAUGACUGUCCUUCGCGAGUAGAGUGGCUGGGAAUUGGGCUACAUGGCAGCCGCAAGGUGGCGCCGAGGAUAGCAGCGCUUGAAUUGUCUUCGGCGCUGCUGCAGGUUCUCAAAGACAAAGGGAUUCAAUCGCGCGCCAGGCAUAUUGGCGAUCUUUGCAAAACAACAGAGGGUAGAGUUUUCGCCCACGAUCAGAUUGUGCAGUAUGCACAAAAAGAUUUAUAA